AUGCCCAGCAGUGCUGAAGUUCCAAAUGCUGAAGCUCAUUGGUACCAACCAUACUGCAGCCAAGAAGAAGCUGAGAAGCUGGUGAAGGCUGUUGCAGAACACAUCCAUGUGAAGGAAGGGACAGCCGACAAGCCUGCUACAACUACAUGGAAAGAAGGAUGGUAUGAUGAUGGUUCAUAUUGGGAAAUGGACCGUGAAAAGGCAGGGCUCUGGUGGAAGUACAAGGCUGGUGAAUCCUGGUCCAGAUGGCGAGAUCCAGAGGUAGGCAACCAUGCAUACCUGGAGAAAGCAUUGGAGCGCCUCAGUGGUCACCACUCCCUACAUAAGCCAUUGAACACCUUGGCCCAGGAGGUGAAGAAGAAGGGCAUUGCUGCCUAUGACAAAUGGCUGUGA